UCGGUAGUCCAACCCUUUCAACAGGUUAGCAUGUCUGCUUGUUAACAUCAAGCUGUCCACGGAGGGUGUGUCUACACUAGACUGCUGCAGCUGGCCUGUUCCAGUUAUCUUUCGGCUGCAGGGUUGUUUCAUUCCCAUGUAGAUUUCUGGACUCUUGACUGAAGCCUGAGCUCUGAGACCCUGUAAUAAUUAGAACUGGAGGAAAAUACCAAGAAUAUGUUGUCCUGCAUUGUGAAAUAGGGCAAUGAUGAGUUGGCCUCAUGGGUUUUAUAUCUCAAUUUCUGCUUCUGUGCAACCAAGAGAUCACGCCUACUUUCCAACUGAAGGAAUCGCUCAUGCUGUAACCUGCCUCACAGUCCCCUUGAGGCAAUGGAAAACUUGCACCCUGGGGAUUUUUUUCCCCAAACUGUUUGGAUCAAAUUACGUGGUGUCAGCACCCCUGCCAUCUGUGAGAAACUGGACGUGAUGUGGAAUUAGAUCCUGCCCGAAAGAAGCCAGCCAGCGCUACCGUAAGAGAGAGAGAGAGAGAGAGAGAGAGAAAUAUAGCAGCGAUGAAUAGGCCACAAAAUGGCUCCACUCACUUUUACCAAUGAAAAGCAAAUGUGGGUUUUUUGGAGAGCCAGACGCCUUCUCAAUGUACAACAACAACAGAAUGAAAAGAAGAUCAUCUCCUUAUGAAGUGGAAAUCAGUGAUGGUCCCCAUACAAAAGUGGUCCGCCGCAUUUUUACCAACAGCCGGGAAAGAUGGAGGCAACAGAAUGUCAACGGGGCAUUCGCAGAGCUUCGUAAGCUCAUCCCGACUCACCCACCCGACAAAAAACUGAGCAAGAAUGAAAUUUUACGGCUGGCUAUGAAAUACAUCAACUUCCUGGCCAAACUGCUGAAUGACCAGGAGGAGGAAGGAAACCAAAGGGGCAAAGUGAACAAAGACACUGCGAUAGUCCAAGAAGAUCUCCUGCAGGACAUGUUGUCUCCAAACUCUAGCUGCGGAAGCUCUUUAGAUGGAGCAGGGAGCCCGGACAGUUUCACAGAAGAACACGAAACGUUAGAUUCAAAGCAUACGAGGAAUCUCCAUCACUCCAUCCUUCCUGUAGAAGGCAGUGGACAGCGAUGACGACCUUACGGAGCCCUCCUAAAACACAGAGGGGAACGUAAACCCUACAUAUUUGGGUCUUGGAAUUAAACCACCAUAUUUUCUCAACUCUACAUCUCCAAAAAGAAAAUGGAAACUUGAGCUCCUUAAGUUCUCACUCCAAUAUUUCUAAAUGAACUCAAAAGACAGUGAGUUGAUGAAGAACAAGACCAAAUCAAGGAAACAUUCAACAUUUAGGUACUUGAUCGGAUGGAGACAAAAAGCUUUGGAAGUCAUCUUAAUGUACACAUUGUUCAUGGUGUAGUGCUGAGGGGAAACGGCUGACAUGUUUUCAAUCUCAAGUGAUGUGAUGAUGAUCUCUCUUUAAACUGAGUUGUCAUGGAUCAGAAACAGGCAGCAGCUCCCUCUUUCGCUGCCAAUGGAAGCGACCUAACCCUUCCAUUUGCGUGUAGGAUUGGACGCUGCCCAAAUCUCUACCGUUUCUUCAGCAUCUCUCCAAACCGUUAUGAUGACGUAUAUGCAACUUGUUGGUGUGGAAUCAAUGGUCAUGCCUUCUUGUUGUUCAAGAGCUUUUGACUGUACCUUUCUCAAGAGCUAAGAGAGGCCUCCUACUCAUGAACAUUGACAAGGAAUGAGACUUUUUUUAAAAGAAAAAAAGAAACCCUUCACCAAACUUUGCAUUCUUUGAGGUGUUCUGUUGAUGACGUGGAAUUACUUCUGUUUAAUACCCUCAUGCGGUGUCCACUGUAGGAAAAGGUACAUAGAUGUUUUCUUCUCUCUUCCCACCUGAUUACUGGGCCAUGGCUGAAGUCUUUGAGAAUCUUGCCCUUUGCUUCGGUGGGGACAUGGCAUUAUCCAAGGAUUUCAUAUUUCAAUAUGUGGGAGCGGGAAAUUUCCUUGAAAUUGUCCUCCUGUUUUGUUUUUGGUUUUUUUUUAGUUAAAAACAAAGACCAUGGUGGAAUAACAAAUUGUGUGUGUGCAUCAGGGAAAUAGCAGAGAUUUAAUUAUGUGCUUUGAAUUGUUUGGUUUUACCCAUUUGGAAAUUAUGCUUAUUUCAUUUACCCCUAUCUGUUCAUUAGCUCCAUCAUUUGAUAUUGCCUCUUUGUCGACAUAAGUCUUUCCCUGGAGCCUUGUCUAUAUAAGGAUGGCUGUCUUUAGACCCAUAGUUCUUAACCUGGGGGCAAUUACCCCUCGAGGGGUAAUGUGGCAUAUUUCAGGGGUAAUACGUUUAAAAUACAAUAGGUGUUCAAUUUUGUUCAACAUAAUGUAUGAGAUAACGAAAUACAAUACAAAUGAUUAAUCGUAAUUUUCUUUUUGUCUAUUGCCAUUU